CUUAGAGGAAGCGGUGGCGUCGGCGGUGGCGGCGACGGUGGAGGUGGAGCAGGCUCUCCGACCCGCGGCUUCUGAGUGGCAUUGGAGAGAGGCGCACUGUCGGGGUGGGGCGGGCCUGGGGAAACGCUCCGGGCCCAGCGGCCCUAUCAGUGCCCCCUGGCCGUCCCGCCCCUCCCUCACCCAACCCAGCGACCGGGAUGCAGUCCUCGGAGCGUGAUGGGUGUGGGUCUGAGGCCAGCCCCAGCGUGAUGCCUGAGGCUCCCUUGGAGUCUCCACCUGGCCCUGCCAAGUCUCCAGCGUUUGAUCUUUUCAACUUGGUUCUGUCCUACAAGAGGCUGGAGAUCUACCUGGAACCCCUGAAGGAUGCAGGUGACGGUGUCCGGUAUUUGCUCAGGUGGCAGACACCUUUGUGUUCCUUGCUGACCUGCCUGGGCCUCAACGUCUUGUUCCUCACUUUGAAUGAGGGCGCGUGGUACUCGGUGGGAGCCCUGGUGAUUUCCGUGCCCGCCCUGCUGGGCUAUCUGCAGGAGGCUUGCCGGGCGCGGCUGCCCGAGUCUGAGCUGCUGCGGAGGAAGUAUCACAGUGUGAGGCAGGAGGACCUGCAGAGAGUUCGCCUGUCUCGCCCCGAGGCUGUGGCUGAGGUGAAGAGCUUCUUGAUCCAGCUGGAGGCCUUCCUGAGCCGCCUCUGCUGCACCUGUGAAGCUGUCUACCGAGUGCUGCACUGGGAGAACCCGGCCGUGUCCUCACAGUUCUACGGGGCUCUCCUAGGUACGGUUUGCAUGCUGUAUCUGCUGCCGCUGUGCUGGGUGUUUGCCCUUUUAAACAGCACACUCUUUCUAGGGAAUGUGGAGUUCUUCCGAGUGGUGUCUGAGUACAGGGCAUCUCUGCAGCGGCGGAUGCAACCUGGCCAGGAGGAGGGUGACUUCCAGAGCCCACUCCCCCUAGAUGCUGGGGGGAAGAGCGUUCUACCAGACUGCACGCCUGUGCCCACGCCCACAGAGGACCUCACGCCAGGCAGUGUGGAGGAGGCCGAGGAGGCUGAGCCUGAUGAGGAGUUUAAAGAUGCGAUCGAGGAGACCCACUUGGUGGUCCUGGAGGAUGAGGAGGGCGCCCCGUGCCCGGCAGAGGACGAGCUGGCCCUGCAGGACAAUGGGUUCCUGAGCAAGAACGAAGUGCUGCGCAGCAAGGUGUCGCGGCUCACAGAGCGGCUCCGCAAGCGGUACCCCACCAACAACUUCGGGAGCUGUACGGGCUGCUCGGCCACCUUCUCAGUGCUGAAGAAGAGGCGGAGCUGCAGUAACUGUGGAAACAGCUUCUGCUCCCGGUGCUGCUCCUUCAAGGUGCCCAAGUCUUCCAUGGGGGCCACAGCCCCCGAAGCCCAGAGAGAGACUGUGUUUGUGUGUGCCUCGUGUAACCAGACCUUGAGCAAGUGAGAAGAGGGGACAGGGUCCAAGCAGGUGCCGGUUCCUGGGCCAGCAACAGACCUCACUCUCCCUAUCCCUAGCCCCAUGUGGCGUGUGCUGGGCAAAUGUGGCCCAAACGCUAGGUAGGCUUCCCCUUUCUGCCCUCGCUGUCUCCAGCCAGGCUCUGCAGCUGUUCCCCACUCCUGCAGAUGGCCAGCAAUGGCUGCUCUCAAACCCCAGCGGGGUCAGGAGCCCCUGGAGGGCCCAGCAUGUUUGUCUUGCUCUGUCCUGAGCUCUUGGUGGACUCAGGGCUGGCAGGCAGUGUAGGCUAGAGGGCAGCAGAGAGCCACGCCUGGCCUUUGAUGGGGAUCUCUGUGGGUCAGGGCCUCUGCUGGGAAUACUUGGAGAACAGAGACGAGAAAUGCUGGGUACUGGGCCAAGCCCUUUGCCUCUGAGAGUCUGCAGAAGGGCUUGGGAGUGCCAUGCCCCGGCUGCUGUUUGAAUGUCCCUUCAGGCACCAGGACCUCACUGUUUCCCCACCAGAUGGCAUGGCCGAGGCUAACAAGACCAAAAAGCUUUCUAGAAACAGGGUUGAAGUUCCCAAGUUCCCUCAGAGGAGGACAUAUCUAGGGGGCCUGGUGGAACUGGAGCAAAACGGAGGGAGCCGCAGUGGCUCAAAAGACCUCAGUCCCACCUUGCAGAAAUCUUGACUUGGAGAAUCUCAGCCCACACGCUGCCCUGCUGUCCUCAGUCCUGCUGGGUAGGUGCCAGGUACUCAGAUCACUUCUGCUGGCUCUGCUCCGCGCCUUGGGCACCCGUCCUUUGGCUCAGUGCUACGUUUUCCCUCCCCAGUGCCGUGUCCCACAGAGUGUAAGACGGGCGAGCAGAGCAGAGGUCCUGAAGCCCUUGGCCUUUGGGGCCUGGGAAGUAAAUGAUCUCGCCAGGCUGGGUCAUAGAUUCCAGGGCUAUUCUCUGGCAGGACAGUCUCAGUAAUGGGAUAAGGCCACUUGGGGUCCCCAUCCUCUCUCCAACUAUUUCAUAUUCACUUCUGUACUCUUUGGGGCUCUGUGUCUCUCAGCCAUGAGCAGGCUCAGGCACCCCUUCCUUCCCCUAGAGCUGUCCUGCCUUUUUGGAAUAUUUAUUUAUUUAUUGCAUGGUUCCUGGGAACCUGUGGCACAGGGAGUGGGCUGAGGAGGUUGGGGGCCUCUCCUGCUCUAGGAUGCUUCCCCGGAGCCCUGAGCUGCCUGGCACUCAGAGCCCAUAGGAGGUGGGGAUGUGUCUAUACCCGAAGGAGGGACCCAGGAGGGAGGUUGGGGAGACAAAGAGCACCCUAGGCCAGCUUCCUCGCCAGGCCAACCAGUCUAGGGCUGGGAAGAUGGGCCUGCUGCUCCAGGCCCGUGAGGUGGAAGUCCCUGGGGAACCAGGAGGCCUUGGUAUGCCCUCUUCCUCGGGCUCCUUUGCCCUGUGCAGAGAUGAGAGUGAGGUACCCCGUGCUUUAUUUACACUGGAGAGAAACUAAAGGACUUCUGUGUAUAUGGAGAAUUAUCAAUAAAAAGG